AGCUCUUCGCAACCUGUGGAUGUCUACACAACAAGCCGCUGCAAAGCCUUCGCUGCAAGGGGUCAGAAUCAAAGCCAGAAAAGGCGCUGUCAAGGCCCACGCAAAGCACGAGCCCUCAGUUUUUAGAGACCAACUUUACAAGUACCUCGAAACAGUCCAGCCAGGCGAUUUUGACGGCUACUACAACAAACUAGUCGCAGCGGGUGGUCAGCUCGAACUCCUCAAGUAUGCAGAUGCCCUCUUCGAGAUCCUCCUCGUUGGUGGCCUUCUCCAGCCCGGUGGCGGCUACCUCGACGAUGGCGCCCCUCCUUCUCCGUUCUCCAUCUUCAACUCCAAGGAGCCGGUGGAAGUGGCUGACGUGAAGAAAUAUGUUGACGUUCUCAACAAGCUUAUCCGGCGGUACAAAUACCUCCAGAAGCCCCUGGAAGAGUCUUCUCUUCCAGGAUUGCUCCAGUACGUCAAUCGAUGGUCCGAAAUCGAGCGCGAAAAGUUCGCCACUGCUAUGGCGUUGAUGGUCGCCCAAAGUCUCGCGACCGUGGCCCCGCUGCUCACCUUGACCAAGGACCACCUGGUUAAGAACGACCUGGCUAUCAAUACGAUCACCCUGUUCUUUCGUGCAUACCUCCAGGAGCAGUCCAUCGACCACCUUGCGACUGCGCUCCGCAAGGGCGGCGUACGCGAUUUGCUCCUAUUCUUCCCCCCGAAUCGCCGCUCGGACAAGAUCCUCGACGAACACUUCCGCAACGCGGGCCUGCCCCAAGUUGCCGAGUGGUGGACGAAGCGCCAGUAUGCGGCCCUCAAAGAGGGCGUCAUCUCGACUCUCAAGGAGAUGCUCGGGAACGGUGAUGAAUACGGCGAUAUCGUCACUGCCAUCAAGACCAGGCAAGAGGAGCAGCCGCUUCCCGACGCAGAGCUCAUCCAGUGCCUGUGGCAGGGCCUCAUCUCCUCUAUCGAGUGGAGUGCCCGCCAGGACCAGAACGAAGCUCUCGCUAUCCGCGAGAUUACGAAAUUCUCAACUAUGCUCGAACCCUUCUGCAACGGACCCAAGACUGAAGUCGCAUUAAUUAACGCAGUGCAAGUGUAUUCAUAUGAAGACACCCGUAUCAUCAAGGCAUUCCCUCAGAUUCUCAAGGUUUUGUACAAUAAGGACUGUAUCUCUGAUCAGGCCAUCAUCUACUGGCAUCAGAAGGGUUCGAAGUCGCAGGGCAGACAGCAUUUCAUCAACGCAACCGCCCCGCUUGUCAAGUUCCUACAGGAGCAAGAGAGCGACGAGGACGAAGAUGAGGAGUGAUCGCUGGAGCUUUUGAUAUAAA